GAUUGGGAUGAGCGGUACUCAGUGGAGAGGUGUGAGUUUCCACACUUGCAUGCGGUUCACUUGGUGAUCAAGGGGAUCCUGCAGGACGGAGUUAGUAGUAGUAGUGUGCUCGAUGGCUUUGGGAAGAGUAUUUCGGAGUUUUUGAGGGCGAGGGUUGUUGAGCUUCCGGGGGAUUUGGUCGAG